AAAUCCGUCCAGUUUUCUACGGAGCGAAGCCAUUUUACGUACUUGAGGACUCGAGACUGUAUUUCCCGCAUAAACCUGCAGUUUUCAGCACUGAUCACUAUUGUCUGGAAAGUGUUGAGCAGCAGCAGGAGCAGGAAGAUGCUAUGGGAACUCUAGCCAUUGUGUGUUUGAGUGCUUUGGGUGGACGUUUGGACGCGUAUAAUGCGUACUGUAGAGAUGGAACCCUGUGUGCCCUGAAGUGUUGUCCCGAGGGACAGUGGCUGCAGAUUGAAGAACACGAGGUUGGCUGUGCUGCUUUGCCCGAGGGACAGGCUCCUUGGGUGCCUGUCUUCUACGAUGAUCAGUUCAAGAAGGUAGCUGUAUCCGAGGACAAGUACAAAGUGGUGGAUGUGCCACAAGAUUGCGGCAAGACAAUGAGUCUGCCCCUGUACCCGGAUUCAUCUCACGAAGAAGCUGUU